GAUGGCACAAAAUUUGCCAAAGACAGCGUCGCCCACGAAGACUACACGUAUAAAGUUGCAGACAGAUGGCAAUCAGAAAAACCAAAAGAUUCUAAUAUACUAAAAGGUGAAGGAUUAUUUGAUGCAAAAACGCAAAAAGAAUUGGACUAUUUGCCACAAAAAGGCGAACGUUAUAAAAUUAGCAGACCACAAGAUUCUGAAAUUUGGAAGGUAAUCAUCGAUCAUAAAAUUUAUGCUUAUCUCAUUCCAACAGACAGCGUCACCCAUCGGGUGUACACUGCAAAAAAAGCUCGACGUCGUCGGGCCAAAAAACCACACGAUUCUGGCAUUUUUAAGGGAGAUGGAACAUUGGUGUUGACGACACAAAAAGAUAGCGAUUAUGUGCCCAAAAAAGGUGAACGAUAUGAGAUACGGAAACAAAAUGAAGCUGACAUUUGGAAGAGUGCUGCCAGUAUGGAAGGUACCAGUGUCGCCCGUGAAACAUAUACACCAAAAAAAGGAGAACGAUAUGAAGCAAAAAAGCCACAAGAUUCUCAGAUUUUGAACGACGAUGGUUCAUUUGUAAAAAAAACACAAAAAGAGAUUGAUUAUGUGGCAAAGAAGGGUGAACGUUACCAGGCAGUCAAGCCGAAGGAGUCAGAUAUCUGGACGAAAGAAGGUAGCAUUCCUGCUGAAAGUUUAACACAUCAAGAAUAUACCAGCAAACGUGGCGAACGAUAUGAAGUUAAAAAACAUCAAGAUUCUAACCUGUUCAAAGGUGACGAUGCUGCGGUGUUAGAGUCAUCAACUGGAAGAGAAUUUGUGCCAAAACAGGGUGAAAGAUAUGAAAUAAAAAAGCCAAAAGAAUCUGAUAUUUGGAAGGUUAACAACAGCCAUAUGCAGUUACAAAGUCUCAGCCAACAAGAGUAUACUAAGAAAAAAGGUGAAAGAUACGAUGUGAAAAAACCUAAAGAUUCUGGGCUUUUAAAAGGUGACGGUAAAAUUGAAGCGCAAUCACAGAAAAGUAUUGAUUACAGUGCGAAAAAAGGUGAACGUUAUGUGACGAAAAAACCAAGAGCUUCCGAAAUUUGGCAGACCAGUGGAGAAAUAGAGGGAGAGAGUGUUGCGCAUAAAGAAUAUAAACCGAAAAAAGGUGAACGUUUUGAAACUAAAAAGCCACAAGAUUCGGAUAUACUGCACAGUACCGAUCUGUUUACUGGCGAAACCCAGAAAGCAGCUGACUAUACACCAAAGAAAGGAGAGCGAUACGAUACUGUUAAAAGAGGCGAAUCUGAAGUAUGGAAGGUCGAUGGUGAGAUAACAAAGGAAAGUACCACUCACCAGCAGUAUAAAGGUAAAAAGGGCGAGCGAUAUAGUACGAAAAAACCUCAGGAUUCAAACAUCUUGAAAAGUGCAAGUAAAUUUGAAGGAGAAACGCAAAAAAGCAAAGAUUACGGACCAAAGAAAGGAGAGCGAUACGAGGUUAACAAACCGGCAGAAUCUGAUGUAUGGAAGACCGAAGGACAAAUGGAAAAUGAAAGUGUAGCUAAAGCAGAUUUCAAGCAAAAGAAAGGUGAACGAUACAAAGCCAAAAAGCCCACAGAUUCUGGUUUGCUGGCCAAUGAAGGUCAAUUUACAACAGAAACCCAGAAAGCUUUAGAUUAUGUGGCAAAGAAAGGUGAACGAUACGAAAUAAAAAAGCCGGAAGAAUCGGACAUCUGGCAAACAAACAGCGAAAUGCGUAAAGAAACGGUCACCCAUGAGGAUUAUAUUAAGAGUAAGGGGGAAAGAUAUGAUGUAAAAAAGCCGAAAGAUUCCGAUUUUUUUGAUCCUGCAGCACCAUUCGAAACAAAAACGCAAAAAGAUUUAGAUUAUGUGUCAAAAAAAGGCGAACGAUAUCAGAUGAAAAAACCCGGAGAAUCAGACAUAUGGAAGAAUGACGGUACAAUAGCAACGGAUAGCUUGGCUCAUCAAGAAUACACAAGUAAAACAGGUGAAAGGUAUGAACUAAAGAAACCAAAAGAUUCUGAACUGCUGAAAGGUGAUGGCAACGUUAGAAUGAUCACAGAAAAGGGUGAAAAUUACGUGCCGAAGAAAGCCGAUCGUUAUGAGGUACAAAAACCUAAAGAAUCAGAUAUAUGGCAGAAAGAAGGUAAAAUGUCCACUGCUACCAUCGCACAAGAAGAGUACAACAAAAAAACAGGUGAACGGUAUCGACCAAAAAAGCCGAAAGAUUCCAAUAUUCUUCAGGGAGAUGGCACUUUUGAAACCGAAACUCAGAAAAGCAUUGAUUAUAUUCAAAAGAAGGGUGAACGCUACCCCGUUGUUCGGCACGACGAAUCAGAUGUUUGGAAGAGUGAGGCUGGUAUUGAAAAAGAAAGUCUAAGCCACGAGCAAUACAAGAGCAAAAAAGCCGAACGGCUAGCGGCAAAACGUCCCCAAGAUUCUGACGUUUUAAGAGGCCAAGGAGCAAUGGCGACAGAAACCCAAAAACAUGCUGAUUAUACUGCAAAGAAAGGCGAUCGGUACGAAGUGAAAAAGCAGCAAGAGUCAGAAAUUUGGAAGGUACAUACCCAGAUAAACGAUAAAAUCUCAAGUGAAAGCGUUGCUCACGAAGAUUUCAAGGCUAAAAAAGGAGAGCGAUAUACUACCAAAAAACCAAAAGACUCAAAAAUCUUAGCAGCUGAUGGCAAGUUUGACGCCAAAACGCAAAAGCAGAUUGACUAUGUACCGACAAAAGGAGAACGUUAUGAGGUCAAGAAACCAAGCGAUUCGGAAAUUUGGCAAGUGAAUGGAACCAUACCUGCAACUAGUCUCACGCAACAGGAAUUUACAAAAAAGAAAGGAGAUCGGUUCAAUGUCUAUAUACCUAGAGACUCAGAUAUUAUGAGGGGUGAUAAAUCAUAUAGAAUGGAGACUCAAACAGAACACGAUUAUCAGAAAAAGAAAGGAGAACGCUAUGAAAUCAAAAAACCUGCAGAAUCAGAGAUCUGGAAGACUGACGAUAAGAUGCAAAGUCAAAGUGUUGCGCAAAGUGAUUAUACUUCAAAGAAAGCAGAAAAGUACGAAGUGAAAAAGCCUAAAGAUUCAGACAUCUUUCGCGGUGAAGGCACAUUUGAUGCCAAGACACAAAAGGAAGUCGACUAUACAAUGAAGAAAGGGGAACGAUACGACGUUGUGCGGCAGCAGGAAUCCGAUGUUUGGAAGCACGAUGGCGUCGUACCUAAUCAAUCGCUUUCACAACAAGAAUAUAGCGUUAAAAAAGGUGAAAGGUAUCAAAAGAGGGUACCCCAGGAUAGUGACAUACUAAAAGGAGAUAUGGCAUACACAAUGAAAACCCAGAAAGAGGUUGACUAUUCACCAAAAACAGGAGAACGUUAUGAGGUCAAAAAACAACACGAAUCUGAUAUAUGGAAGCGCGAGGGUGGCGUAGAGGACAAGAGUGUUUCACAUGGUGACUAUACUCAAAAAAAAGCAGACCGUUAUGCUGCAAAGAAACCUCAAGAUUCAGGCAUACUUCACGGCGAUGGUUCCUUUGCUACGUUAACUCAAAAAGAGGCCGAUUAUGCGCCGAAAAAAGGAGAACGUUCUGCUAUUGUCAAGCAUGAAGAAUCAGAUAUAUGGAAAACAGAAGGAACAAUGAGCGGAGACACCGUUGCUCGGAGAGACUACACUGCCAAAGUCGGUGAGAGGUAUGAUGUAAAGAUCCCACGUGACUCAGGGAUUACCCAGGGUGACGGAACGUUCACUUUGGAGACCCAAAAAAGCCGCGACUUUGUACCAAAAAAGGGCGAACGCUACGAAGUCGUUAAGCAACAGGAAUCAGACAUCUGGCAACACAUGGGUCCAAGCGUCCCGGCCGGCUCAUCCUAUGUCAGUGAUUACUCCUUGUAUCCUAAUGAGGUCUACAGCAGUUCUAAACAUUUUGAAAGAAGUCUGAGAGAAGAUUCUGGCGCCUUCCCUGCUAAAGGCACUUUCGAAAAAACCACAGAAUAUAAUUCUUCAUAUCGACCUCCUUCUGAACCCGCUGCCAUCCCACAUCGCAUCAAUCCCCCGUCUUCACUCCCUCUAGAAGGCGAAAGAUUUUUAGAAUCUUCGUACAGGAAGGAUUAUGAACCGAAAGAACAAAUAUGUAAAGCUCCCGAGCUUCUGACUUCAAUAAAGCAUGAUCACAUAAACACCGAACACUUCCAGUUUCAAAGAGUUUACAGUGGGCAUCACUUCUACGAACCAAAAGCUAGUGACGAGGUUUCUUCCUGA